AUUUCCUUCUUUUGCACGCAAAAUUCAUCGAGCAAUCCCGAGCCUGAGAAUUGGUUUUCCUACAGGCUCUCUUUGAUCACGCAUGUGAUAUAUUGAAUUCAGACAUAUUCACUUCUUCUGCAUUUAGAAAUCCAGAUACAAGUUAAAGAGGUUGAAGAUGGCGGAUGGAGGCUGUUGGCCGACAAUGGAUCUGCUUCGUUCGGAGCCAAUGCAACUUGUGCAACUUAUCAUUCCAACUGAAUCAGCUCACCGAGCUAUCUUUUAUCUUGGAGAUCUUGGCCUCUUCCAGUUCAAAGAUCUAAAUGCGGAGAAAAGCCCAUUUCAACGGACAUAUGCUGCUCAGAUUAAAAGGUGUGGGGAAAUGGCACGUAAGCUUCGGUUCUUUAGGGAACAAAUGACAAAGUCUGGUGUAUCAAUCUUAAGAAGGUCCACAGAAGAAACUGAAGUUGAUCUGGAUAAACUGGAGGUUAAACUUGCAGAACUUGAAGCUGAGCUACUGGAGGUUAAUGUGAAUAAUGAGAAGUUGCAACACACCUACCGUGAACUAUUAGAGUAUGAGCUUGUUCUACAGAAGGCUGGUGAAUUUUUCUCUUUAGCUAAAAAUAGCGCUGCAGCCCACCAAAGAGAGCUUGAAGUCCAGGACACGUUUGAAGGUUCUAUUGACAAUCCAUUAUUAUCAGAAAAAGAGUCACCAACAGAUCUACCAAAGCAGCUUAAGCUGCGUUUCAUCAGUGGUCUUGUUCCUAGAGAAAAAUCAAUGGCAUUUGAAAGAAUGUUAUUUCGUGCUACAAGGGGUAAUGUGUUUCUAAAGCAAGUUGCGGUCGAGAAUCCUGUUCUCGAUCCUUUGUCAGCAGAGAAGAUUUAUAAAAAUGUAUUUGUAAUAUUUUAUUCUGGAGAGAGAGCAAAAAGUAAAAUUCUGAAAAUAUGUGAUGCUUUUGGAGCGAAUCGCUACCCAUUCACUGAUGAUCUGGGUAAACAAUAUCAGAUGACUACAGAGGUGUCAGGAAGACUUUCUGAAUUGAAGACUACUAUUGAGGUUGGAUUGUUGCACCGUAGCACUCUUCUGCAGACAGUUGGUUGUUACUUUGAGCAGUGGAGCCUUCUGGUGAAGAAGCAAAAAUCGAUUUUCCACACUCUAAAUAUGCUUAGCAUUGAUGUAACAAAGAAAUGCCUUGUAGCAGAAGGUUGGUGUCCUGUUUUUGCAACCGAUAAGAUUCAAGCUGCAUUGCACCGGGCAAACAUGGACAGUAACUCCCAAGUUGGGGUGAUAUUUCAAGUCUUACAAACAAAGGAAUCACCACCUACAUAUUUCCAGACAAAUAAAUUUACUUCUGCUUUUCAAGAAAUUGUAGAUGCCUAUGGAGUUGCUAAGUAUCGGGAGGCAAACCCUGGAGUAUAUACUAUUAUCACCUUUCCGUUCCUCUUUGCUGUUAUGUUUGGUGAUUGGGGGCAUGGUAUAUGCCUAUUACUAGCAACUUUAUAUCUCAUAAUUAGGGAGAAGAAAUUUUCUACUCAGAAACUUGGAGACAUAAUAGAAAUGACUUUUGGUGGUCGCUAUGUUAUUAUGAUGAUGGCCCUUUUCUCAAUAUACACAGGACUGAUAUAUAAUGAGUUUUUCUCUGUCCCAUUUGAACUAUUUGGGCGAUCAGCUUAUGGAUGCCGUGAUCUUUCAUGCAGGGAUGCAACCACAACAGGCUUAAUAAAGGUGCGUGGCACUUAUCCAUUUGGCGUGGAUCCUAAGUGGCAUGGAACACGGAGUGAGUUGCCAUUUCUUAACUCCUUGAAGAUGAAGAUGUCUAUCCUAGUGGGAGUAGCCCAGAUGAAUCUUGGAAUUAUAUUAAGCUACUACAAUGCCAAGUACUUUGGGGAUGACAUAAAUAUCUGGUACCAGUUUGUUCCCCAAAUGUUAUUCCUAAACAGCUUGUUUGGCUACCUUUCACUCCUCAUAAUUGUUAAAUGGUGCACAGGAUCACAAGCUGACUUGUAUCAUGUGAUGAUAUACAUGUUCCUCAGUCCAACUGAUGAUCUUGGUGAAAACCGGCUCUUUGUUGGCCAAAAUUUCCUUCAACUUGUGUUACUAUUGUUGGCACUUGUUGCUGUACCAUGGAUGUUGUUUCCAAAGCCUUAUCUCCUUAAGAAGCAGCACCAACAAAGGCAUCAAGGUCAAUCUUACUCUUUGCUUUAUAGCAGCGAUGACCCUCUUGAAUCAGAGCCACAUAUUUACCCCCAUGGCCAUGAUGAGUUUGAGUUCAGUGAGGUUUUUGUACAUCAACUUAUUCAUACAAUAGAAUUUGUGCUUGGGGCAGUGUCUAAUACAGCUUCAUACCUACGGUUAUGGGCCCUCAGUCUGGCACAUUCAGAGUUGUCAAGUGUGUUCUAUGACAAGGUUCUUCUUCUGGCCUGGGGGUUCAACAACAUCACUGUUCUCAUUGUUGGCAUUAUUGUCUUCAUAUGUGCUACUGUUGGUGUCCUGCUGGUUAUGGAAACUCUGAGUGCUUUUUUGCAUGCAUUGCGGCUUCACUGGGUGGAGUUCCAGAAUAAGUUUUAUGAGGGAGAUGGCUACAAGUUCAGCCCAUUUUCAUUUGCUUUGCUUAAUGAAGAGGAUGAAGUAUAGUUGCCAAUUAAUCAACAGUCUAAACUCUAUAAAGGUGGAAAUUUAUCAUUUUUGCGGUCUUCGUAUAGGAAGCUGAAUCAACAUGCUACCCUGAUUGUUAUUGUAUCAGUGUCAACUUUUUGUUGAAUUUAUACCCUUGAAUUUUUUUGUGGCGAAAAGCCUGCAGUGUAAGAGUACAGGGUAAUGUACCUCCGUGGCCAUUGACCACUGUCAGCAUUAACUGCAAUUUGAGGAGUGCUACAGUUACUGAAUGUAAAUGACACUAUGACAGUACAGGUUCACAAAGUGCUUCUGAAAAUGAGGAGAUCUCCUCCUCCUCCU